CCUAGUGUCAUUCCUAGUGUCAUUCUCGACUCAACGACAGCUCUUCAAUUCAAAGGCUUUUGUCGCCGCUUCCAACACCACCGGCCAAUGGAUUAUUCUUCAGGUUUUGGCUCAGAGCCGGGUCUUUUCGGUGACCCUACCGAGCAGCCUUUUGCCCAACACCGCCCCCCGCAAACUCGAUCCGAGUCCUCCACAACUCUCAUCAGUGAUGAUCCUAUAGAGAGUCCUGGAUUUGCCACACCUUAUUCUCCUCAUAUCCGACAGUCAACUUCCGACGACCUAGACCACCCGGGAUUCGCCAGUCAAACCCCGAUUACGCCCGGAUUUCAGGAUGAUGAUGGUGGAUUUAGGAGUCCGGGACUUGUUGGCGACGAUAGUCCAGUCGAGAGCCCCAAAACGCCAGCCCAUCCGGACCAGCAGCAGCAGCACCAGCAAGAGCAACAAGGCGGGGAACACAAUCAGAGACCUGAAGCUCAAGGCCAGGGGAACCUCCGGGGCCAGCAGCAGGGACGGGUUCCACAAUACAAGCUACAAGCCAAGAUAUUAGCUCUUGAAAGGACCGGAAGGAAAGAUCCCAUCCUAAGAUUUGAUGUGCACGUACGUUUACCCGAGAUUUAUCGAUAUAACAAAGGCUGCCCUGACAACUAUGGUAGACAAACCUUCCCAAAUUCCGCACUACGCAAUUUCGUGAUGUUCGGCGUACACACCCGGAGUUUCAGAAGCUCGCAAACCAUCUCUUGUCUAGUAACCCUGAAUGUUUUGUGCCUGCCGUCCCACCGCAAUCUACUUCGGCGGGCGUUGGAACAGACGAAGAUGAAACCCGCGUCCGUGCGACUAUGCAACGGUGGCUCAACACCGUGUGUUCAAACGACGUUCUUAUGCGUGAUGAAGAGAUGGUUUUCUUUGUCGAGAGCGACUUUGGAUAUAGUCCCGUAAUCAGGAGAAAGCAGCCCGCUACAGGCGUUCGACGGAGGGUUAUCAAGCAGUUUGCUCCGCCUCCGGAUGACACCCCGGAGCUCGAGACAGCAAGGCCUGUCGUUAAGGCUUUCUAUCUGGGCACUAUGGAGACUGGGCAGAAGGUUGAUCGUAUGGUUAAGAGCCGGAGAGGUACAUCACAAUUACUGCCGAUCGCUACGGAUGCACGUGGUUGACAAUCUUUAGGUGUUGGUCUUGCCGAAUCGGAUUUCGGUGCCCGUUUGUUGGCAAUUUCACAAUCUGAGGCACACCAGGGCAUGGCAAACGCCUUCCGUAAACUCGGCAAGAUCAUCCAAUCCGUGGGAGAUUUUCACGCGGCUCAAGCCACAUCUGAAGCAACAACUUUAGGCGAUCCUCUGACAUAUCAUUCUGCGGAUGCGUUCAUCGUUAAAGAGACGCUUACAAACCGCCAAAUCCUCAUGCGAGAGCUCGAGUCCGCCAGAAAGGACACUCGUAGCAAAUUCCAAACAAUGGAGCUACUCAAAGGCAAGAGCGCAAUAAAGCGUGAUAGAGUCGAUGAAGCAUUGGCAGCGCUCGAAGAGGCGAAAAGCAACGAAACCCACCUAGGCCAGAAGGUCAAAAGGGUAACAGACAACCUUGUCCGGGAACGUAGGAAAUGGUUCGCCAGAACGAGCAAAGACCUCCGAAACUCGAUACGCGAUUACUGCUCCCGCCAGAUUGAAGCGGAGCGUAGAACGCUUGCCACUCUCGAAUCUGUCAGACCAGAUGUUAGAGCCAUUGAUCAGUCCGGCGGACUUAGUAGGUUAGGUCGUGAUGCGCCGCCGGCCAGUCGGAGAGCGAGCUUAGCGACGAGUCAGGGGCCUCGGGGGGAUGCUUGGAGCGGUGUGCAGAGGGUUUCUGGCGUGAAUCGCGGAGUGGAAAUCUUGAACGGGGGUGCGGCGAUUACAACUCCUGUUCCUGGUUCUAUAAAAGAAGAGGAGGAGGGAAUGGGUGACGAGGAUAGGUUGGAUGCGAAGAAUGCUGCGAGCAGACUUGCUGGGAGUACCUUUUAAAAUCACACCUUUCUCAAUGGAUUCCCUGACGUUGUCGUUGUUCUUCUCUCCUUUUGUAACCCUCAUCUUGUCUUGGGGGAAUUAUGCUGUUGUUACUCCAUCAUUCACCCGUACAUUAUUCAGCGAUGUCUGCACUCUUUUUCUUCUUUUUCCUUUUUGACAAAAAGUUGGCUCAUUGGUAGUUCUCCUGUCUUGCCAUGUCUUGUUUCAGUAUUGAUUGCCCCUCGAAAUUCGGAUUUAGGAUAGUUGGUCGAACACUCCUACCAAUACCAUACCAUACCUCAAGGCCUGUAAUGGUGGCAUAGCUCAGCAACUUUGUGCUCUCCUAUCGGCACAGUGCCAUACUGAAGGAUACCGCGGGUCCUUGCCCCUUUCAUCCAACCUCCUCCCUUAUUCCCCAACCCUCCCUUCUACAGGGUUCUUAUAUUCCAAAUAAUUCGCUGCCACGUUUAAUACUGUACUACUCGUACCGGCACUAUAGUGUCCAAUAUCUAAAUUGAUGACCCAACCCACCAGUCACCGUUUCGACGAUCAUACCGGUAAUUUACAGGCAUCAAAAGUAGA